AUGCAGCUCUUUAACUUCGUUCUUGCAGCUCUUGUUAGCUCUGCUCUGGCGGCGCCCAACUUUGGGCUUGCUGAUGAUGCAAGCACACUUGAGAGGAGAGGGUGUGGACAAAAGUAUAACUCUUGUGGAGCACAGAAUCAGCCUUCAUGUUGUGGUGGCCUGUUCUGUGAUCUCGGUACCUGCCUACCUAACAAGGCCGCUCGCGACCCAAGUGGUUUAGAGGAGAGGGCAUGUGGAGACAAGUACAACUCUUGUGGAGCACGAAAUCAGCCUCCAUGUUGUGGUGGCCUGUUCUGUGCUAAGGGUACCUGCCUACCUAACAAGGCCGCUCGCGACCCAAGUGGUUUAGAGGAGAGGGCAUGUUCACCUAAUUAUUCCUCUUGUGGGCAUGUACAGAAUCCGCCUUGUUGUGGUGGCCUGUUCUGUGAUGGUGGUACCUGUAUGAAAAACAAGGCCGCUCGCAACCCAAGUGGUUUAGAGGAGAAGGCAUGUUCACCUAAUUAUUCCUCUUGUGGGCAUGUACAGAAUCCGCCUUGUUGUGGUGGCCUGUUCUGUGAUGCUGGUGUCUGCAUGAAAAACAAGGCCGCUCGCAACCCAAGUGGUUUAGAGGAGAAGGCAUGUGGAUCCAAGUAUAACUCUUGUGGGGCAAAACAGAAUCCGCCUUGCUGUGGUGGCCUGUUUUGUGCUAGUGGUACCUGCCUUUCCAAAUAA